UCAAGCCCUGCAGAGAGAAAAACAGAGAGAAUUAGAGAAGCAGAAGCUUUGGCAGAUUGUAUUUAGCUUUGGUGCAAUUUCUAUUCUUCUUGAGAAGGACCAAAUGGGUGUCAAUCCUCAGGACGCGAUCAAGAAGCUCAAAGUUCUGAUGGAUCAAGUUGAUCACUCAUCGAAGAAAUCCUUUCAGAAUGUUCAUCAAGGAUUCUUAAUAGAAACGCUGGACCGUUUCCUAAGGGCACGAGACUACGAUGUUGGCAAGGCCCAUAAAAUGCUGGUUGACUGUUUAAAAUGGAGGGUGGAAAACCAGAUUGACAAGAUAUUAAGGAAGCCAAUAUUUCCUGCUGAUGUCUAUAGAUCAGUGAGAGAUUCACAGCUCGUAGGACUUUCGGGCUACUCAAAAGAGGGCCUUCCCAUAUUUGCCAUUGGUGUUGGGCUCAGCACAUUAGACAAAGCACAUGUGCAUGAUUAUGUGCAGUCGCACAUACAAAUCAAUGAGUAUCGAGAUCGUGUUAUUCUGCCUUCUGCAUCAAAAAAGUAUGGAAGGCCCAUCACUACCUGCGUUAAGAUUUUAGAUAUGACUGGUCUGAAGCUUUCGGCACUUGGCCACAUAAAGUUCCUGACAAUUUUAUCAACCAUUGAUGAUCUGAACUACCCAGAGAGAACAACUGCUUACUACAUUGUAAAUGUACCUUACGUCUUUUCAUCCUGUUGGAAGGUUGUCAAGCCUCUCUUACAUGAAAGGACAAGGAAAAAGGUUCAAGUAUUACCAGGCUGCGGGAGAGAUGAGCUGUUGAAGAUAAUGGAUUAUACCUCUCUUCCACAUUUCUGUAAAAGAGGGAGCUCAUUGUCCUCGAGAUCAUCGGCUCAUCAAGGAGGCAAUAAUUGCUAUUCCUCGGACCACCUUUUUCAUCAACAGCUAUACAGCUACAUCAAGCAACAAUCCAUGAUCAAUGAACCUACUGAGCCAAUUAGAAAAGGAUCAUUUCAUGUAACCCUUCAGGCAUCAGCAUCAAAAAGCAAAGGAGCAGCUAAAACUAUUGAAUCUGAGUUUCGGAAGUACGAGAAUGGGAUUUCUGAUACACUGAUUGAACUGGAAAUAAUGUAGUGAUUGAAGCAAAAGCAACUUUUGAGAUGAAUUUCUUUCAUUGAUGGUGCAUUCCUUCAUUGAGGAGAUGGGAAGGAAAAUCUGGCUUUACUGAUCCUAACACUAUAGCCCUAUGGGCAGUCCCAGUUCCGUAAUGGCAACAUCCAUAGUCGCGUCGAAAUCCACCUCUAAAGCAAUGGAGAGUCGUAUCCAAGAUGUCUUGGACGUGCCUGGUUGAUAUAUAAAGUUCGCUUCUUAAUAUAUAGCCUUUUCACGGCUAAUUUUUAAGUAUCACUUGGUUUUAUUAUCUGAAACCACAUAAUUACUUGUAUUCAAAGUUUCUAGUUCUAAAAUUUAAGCUAUUGCACAUA